AUGGCUCUCUAUCUUCACACCGCAGCUAGCUCAGGCGCGGCUUGUGAUGGCCUUCAGGCGCCCUCGAUCCCCGACGCCAGAGUGCUCUGGAUCACUUCAAACACCGUCCAAAACUUCACCUACCCCCCCGUCACUGGACUUACCGGAGAGCCAAUUGCUGGAGCCACAGGGGACUCUUCUCCGCUGACCUUUUGCAACGUCUCAAUGGUUUUGACCCACCCAGGCGACAACGACACCGUCCUCGUCUCCGUCUGGCUGCCUCCCCAUGACACCUGGAACACUCGCUACACUGCAACAGGAGGAGGCGGUCUUGGAGCCGGCUACGACUUCAACAUGAUCAGUCCCCUUGCUGCUGGAUUUGCAGCCUCUGCCACUGACGCAGGACUUACCCUCAACAACACCAUCAUGGCCGACACGGGGCUCUGGGGACUCAAGGAGGACGGCACCGUCAACGAGCCCCUUUUCAAGAAUCUCGGUUACCGCUCUAUCCAUGACAUGGCCGUGGCUUCCAAAGACGUGAUUAAGCAGUUCUACGGCGUCGAGCCCAAGUACUCGUACUGGGCCGGCUGCUCGCAGGGAGGACGCCAGGGCUACGCCGCUGCCGCGAAGUAUCCUACCGACUUUGACGGGAUCCUUGCCGUCGCUCCAGGACUGGGCUUUGGCCACGUUGGACUUGCAGCUUUCUGGCCUGUUGUUGUGAUGUACAAUGAGGGUGAGUACGUCCCCUCAUGCAUUUUCGACAAGUUCGAAGCGGCGCUUCUUGAAUCCUGCGAUCCGGAUGAUGGCCUCGUAGACGGUCUCAUUACCGAUUACGACCUCCUCAUAUCCUGUCCACGCUCGUUCAAUACUUCUGCUCUUAUAGGGCAAACCGUCACUUGCCGUGAAGCUGGGAAUACCAACUUCACGAUCACCGAGCGCCAGGCGAUCAUUUACUGGUUUGGGACGGUCCCUGGUGCAACCUUCUCCGGUAUUGCAGAGACUGUUUUCGACAAUGCCACUGGCAGGUGGCUCCCCAAACCCUUUGCUCCUGCGGCCGGGUGGCUCACGAACAUCAUUGCUCCGCAGAUGGGAAUAGAGGCAAAGCUCCAGCACCUCUAUCGCGAUACCGGCAUCCUCACCCUGACAUACAACCAAUACUUUGUCGCCUUCAACAUAUCCCUCGCCCUAUCGUCUCCUUUCCUCAGUGACUCCUACCUUAACUUCCGUUCCUUUCAGAAGAGCGGCGGGAAGCUCCUCACCUGGGUCGGACUCGCCGACCAGUUCGUCCACCCUGCACACCUCUUCGACUUCCACGCCUCAGUCACCAAGACCAUAUCGCCUGGAAAUUCCUCAAACAUAGAAGACUUCUACCGCAUAUUCACGGCACCCGGUGUCCGCCACUGUGCCGGCGGCCUCGGCCCGCAACCGGUCAGCCCAAUGGGUGCACUUAUAGAGUGGGUGGAGCAGGGGAAGGCACCGGACACUCUGUCGGCAAAGGCAGACAGUAGCACUGCCCGGGAGAUUGUGCGAGACCUGUGCCUCUACCCCAAGAAGUCGGUUUAUAAGCAUGGCGAGCUGGCGCAGCAUGACGGUUUUGAGUGUCAAGAGCCUGAGGGGAGACUACAGAGGCCGAACGAGGACGAGGACGAAGAUGACGACUAUGAGUCUGAUAAAACGAUUAUUGGCGACGACGAUGAAUAA